CCCUCCCCGCCUGCCUCCAGCGCCGCCGGGCGGUCCCCUCCCUCGCCCGCUCGCAGCCCGCUCCCGCUCGCUCCCUGCCCACUCCCGGGGGGACGCUCCGCGCCGCGGCCCCGCGGCCGCCGCUUCUUUCACACUUUAGUUGGGAGCCGCGCGCCGCGCUCAGCGACCGGAGAGCUGGCCGCGCGCCGUGGCCUCCCGCACGCACGCACGCGGGCCGGGCUCCGGGGCUCUCGGCGCCUACUCGGAGCGGCGGGGAGGAGGGGGACCCCCGGACUCUCGGUGGGGAGGCGGAGGAAGAGGAGAGGAGGGAGGAAGAGACGCGGCGCGGAGGAAAGGGGCGGGGGGCGGGAGGCUUGCCACCUUCAGCCCCCCCGCGAGCGCCCAAGGUGCACACAUCUUGACCAACUCAGCAGGAAGGUGGAUUUUCUUUGGGUUUAAAGAAAAAAAAAAUGUCCCUGUGUCUGUAGAGAUGAUUUGCAGUUCAGCCCGGCUGAAGCUGACCGAAUGAGACUAUGGGCUGUGCCUCUGCCAAGCAUGUUGCCACUGUUCAAAAUGAAGAGGAAGCCCAGAAAGGGAAGAACUACCAGAACGGAGAUGUGUUUGGUGAUGAGUAUAGGAUCAAACCGGUGGAAGAGGUCAAAUACAUGAAAAAUGGGGCAGAAGAGGAGCAGAAAAUAGCAGCCAGGAACCAAGAAAACUUGACUAGACCACCGCCUUUAAAGGUGCCUGCCUUUUUCUCAGACACUGCAGGACAUCAGGACAAGUCUCUGAGGCAGACCUGGUUACUUUUCAGAAGUGAAAAAAGUGCCAGUUCAAAUGUAAGACUUAAAACUAAUAAAGAGAUUCCAGGAUUAGUUCAUCAGCCCAGAGCAAACAUGCACAUCUCUGAAAGCCAACAAGAAUUCUUCAGAAUGCUGGAUGAAAAGAUUGAAAAGGGUCGAGAUUACUGUUCGGAAGAAGAGGAUAUCACAUAGCACCGAUUCUACUACUCAAUCCAGGAGCGACUACUGUGUAAAUAGGUUACACCCCAGUUGAAAUCUUUGCAAAGGUCGGUUCUCUUCAACGAACAGCACUAUAGCAAAAGAAGAUCGUUCCAUAUCGUAUGCCCCAUUAAAUUACAGUGUUUCUUAAUGAACUUGCAAAGGGAUAUUGCUAAAAACAAACAAACACACACACACACACACAAAAACUGUUAUCGAACUUUCUUUGUUGCUGCUAGUUAAAACUUGUUGCAACUUUUCACUUGUGUCCAGGUAUGCAGCAAAAAUCUGCGAUUUCACCUUAAAGAUACUGAUGGUUUUACAGAUGCUCUCCAACCUAUUUUCUCUAAGAUGAGGUAGUGGUGAACUCAGAUAUCAAACUUCUGUUGUAGAACUCUUCCGCUUCUAAGACAAGCGUCUCCUUCCCUCUCUCCCCCCUCCCUGUCUCUCCUGAGCGGUCCAGAGCCUCGCUUCUCACUGGCAAUGUUGCGCUUUGGAGAUGGGAUGGUUGCUAUGGCAAGCCUUGUUUCUCUGCUACGAAGAAGUAGAGAAGCCAUUGUCCAUUACAAGCAUGUUGUGACGUGACUCCCGGAGUGACAUGGGAGGGAGCAGCAGGUGGUUUCAUUUACUAGGUAUCUGAAUCGAGGAUUAAGCUUGCAACAUUGGCUUUGCUCAGAUGCAGACGGAAGUGUGAUCACAAUCAUUCUGAAUCCCUCUUCCCCACUUUUUUUUUUCUAAGAAAAUAAACAUUUUACUGUUUUUAUGUA